ACACCUUUGUCGCUCCUAUCGUAUCUAUUCCUUCCUUCCUAUAUCUUCGGUUUCACUCAACUCCACUCUACUGUCCUUGUAUGAUAUCUGUUUACCUCCCUCACACCCUUCGCUUCCGAUCUGAUCAUCGCCAAGGAAGAUGAACGGUGCAGGGAGACAGGGGCUGAGAUCUGGUGCGGCCGGUGUGCACCACCAGCGCCAGUACUCAGAUAACUUCCUCGAUGGCUCUUCCAACGGCAACAGGUGGCUCCAAUCGGCUGGCCUCCAACACCUUCAAUCCUCCACCAAUCAACUUCCUCCGCUUCAGGACUAUAAUUUAUACGGCGGCGGAGGAGCGCAGGGAGGAAGAAUGUACCGGAACGCGCAGAGGAGCUUUAACGGAGGGACUGAGUAUUAUGUGGAGCCUUCCACUCCUCCCGGUGGUUACCGUGCUUCGAUGCAGAAAAAGAACGGCGAUGAUUUGUCUGGUGAUUUCAGCCCCGGCUUGUUGGAUCUGCAUUCGUUCGAUACCGAGCUUCUCCCUCCUGAGAUGCCAGCCUCCAAUGCAUAUGAUGGAAACUCCCUGUAUCAACCUGGCCGAGGAAGAAGCUUUGAUGACUCUGAACCUUACAUGUUGAGCAAACAGACUGGAAGAGCUCGUGCUCCUGAAAACAUAUUGAAGAGUUUUCCUGCAGAAAAGGAGAAAUCUAAUUCUGUGGCAAAGAUCAAAGUUGUGGUUCGUAAAAGACCAAUGAAUAAGAAAGAAUUAGCAAAAAAUGAGGAAGACAUUAUAGAAACAUAUUCCAAUUCUUUAACCGUGCACGAGACUAAACUAAAGGUGGACUUAACUCAGUAUGUAGAAAAGCAUGAAUUUGUUUUUGAUGCUGUUUUGAAUGAAGAGGUUACAAAUGAUGAGGUGUAUCGUGAAACAGUAGAGCCUAUAGUUCCAAUAAUCUUUGAACGCACUAAGGCAACAUGCUUUGCAUAUGGACAAACAGGAAGCGGAAAAACUUACACUAUGAAGCCACUGCCACUUAAAGCAUCAAGGGACAUCCUUAGAUUGAUGCAUCAUACUUACAGAAACCAGGGAUUUCAAUUGUUUGUGAGCUUCUUUGAAAUAUAUGGUGGCAAACUUUUUGAUCUUCUUAAUGAUCGAAAAAAACUUUGCAUGAGGGAGGAUGGUAAGCAGCAAGUUUGCAUUGUGGGUUUGCAAGAGUACCGAGUAUCAGAUGUGGAGAACAUCAAAGAACUGAUUGAGAAAGGAAAUUCCACUAGAAGUACAGGCACCACUGGUGCAAACGAGGAAUCGUCACGGUCACAUGCAAUACUUCAACUUGCUAUCAAGAGGUCUGUUGAUGGAAAUGAAUCCAAACCUCCCCGUUUGGUUGGCAAGCUCUCCUUCAUAGAUCUUGCUGGAAGUGAGCGUGGAGCAGACACCACAGAUAAUGACAAACAAACAAGAAUAGAAGGCGCUGAAAUCAAUAAGAGCUUACUUGCGCUAAAGGAAUGUAUAAGAGCUCUUGAUAAUGACCAAGGACACAUCCCUUUCAGAGGCAGUAAACUGACUGAAGUUUUGAGGGAUUCAUUUGUUGGCAACUCCCGCACAGUUAUGAUUUCAUGCAUAUCACCAAGCACUGGUUCAUGCGAACAUACGCUGAAUACAUUAAGAUAUGCUGACAGGGUGAAAAGCUUGUCGAAAGGGAACAAUACAAAGAAAGAUGCUGUAUCAUCAAAUUUCAACCUUAAAGAAUCAAGCGCGGUUCCUUUAUCUUCCAUUACUGGAUCAGCCUAUGAGGAUCGCACAACUGAUGGAUGGCCAGAUGAAAAUGAAGGGGAUGAUUUUAGUCCCCCUGAAGAGUAUUACGAGCAGGUGAAACCAUCUUUGAAGAAAAAUGUAAAGAUGGAGUCAUAUGCUACAACUGAUGACAAAUUGAAGAAACCCAGUGGUCUGAUGAAGUGGAAGGACCUCCCAAAAGUUGAGGCUCAAACCACACACGCUGAGGAUGAUUUAAAUGCCCUCUUACAGGAAGAAGAGGACCUAGUAAAUGCUCACCGGACACAAGUAGAGGAGACUAUGAAUAUUGUUAGAGAGGAGAUGAACCUCUUGGUUGAAGCAGAUCAACCAGGGAAUCAACUGGAUGAUUAUAUAACAAGACUAAAUGCCAUUCUUUCUCAGAAGGCAGCUGGCAUCCUGCAGUUGCAAACCCGUUUAGCUCAUUUUCAGAAACGUUUAAAGGAGCACAAUGUUUUGGUUUCAUCUACUACCGGUUACUGAUAUAAAUUUAAAACAGACUCCCUUGUUAGAAUGUUUUAUUUCGGUGAUCGGAAUCAUGCAUUUCUGUGAUUCAGGUGGAGAUUAUGUGAGGUCUGGGAUAUGACGUGAUCUUCUUACUAGUUGAUUCAUCAUUGUUUUGCCUAUUCUCCUCAGGAAAAGAAACUGGGGUUUGGAGUCUUCAUUUUUCUAUUUACCAAGAAUGUAGACUUGUAUUGGUUUUACAUGCCUCUAUGAAGGCAAUGUAUCUGUGUAUAAAGCUCUCAUUCGUGUCAGAAAUAUAAUAUAAAACCAUUUACUUGUUUUCA